AUGCAGAGAUUACUCUUUCCGCGCCUGAAGGCCUUGAUGGGGAACCCGUGCCUACGGCUCCUGGGUCCUAGGGCGGCGCCUAGAACGCAGUGUGGUUGCAGCUGUGGGAUCAGGCACCUCUUAAGGCCAGGGCAAUACAGCACCAUCUCUGAAGUAGCUUUGCAGUCUGGAAGGGGUACAGUGUCCCUUCCCUCAAAAGCUGCUGAGCGGGUGGUGGGCCGAUGGCUCCUGGUCUGCAGUGGAACAGUGGCUGGAGCAGUUAUUCUUGGUGGAAUGACUAGGUUGACAGAGUCUGGCCUCUCAAUGGUAGACUGGAAUUUAAUAAAGGAGAUGAAGCCACCUACACACCAAGAGGAAUGGGAAGCAGAAUUCCAAAAAUAUCAGCAAUUUCCAGAAUUUAAAAUCUUGAAUCAUGAUAUGACACUGGCCGAAUUCAAGUUCAUCUGGUACAUGGAGUACUCACAUCGAAUGUGGGGUCGCCUUGUGGGCCUCACAUACAUCCUGCCUGCUGCCUAUUUUUGGAGAAAAGGCUGGCUCAGCCGUGGCAUGAAAGGACGUGUUCUUGCCCUGUGUGGGUUAGUCUGCUUCCAGGGUCUGUUGGGAUGGUAUAUGGUGAAAAGUGGAUUAGAAGAAAAACCAGACUCCCAUGACAUCCCUCGGGUCAGUCAGUACCGCCUUGCUGCCCACCUGGGAUCAGCCCUUGUUCUUUAUUGUGCCAGCUUGUGGACAUCACUCUCACUGCUGCUCCCUCAGCACAAGUUGCCUGAAACUCGUCAGCUUCUGUGGUUGAGGCGAUGUGCUCAUGGAACAGCAGGCCUAGUGUUCCUUACAGCUCUCUCAGGGGCCUUUGUGGCAGGGCUGGAUGCUGGGCUUGUUUACAAUUCCUUCCCGAAGAUGGGAGAAUCUUGGAUCCCAGAGGAUCUCUUUACCCUCUCCCCCAUCCUGAGGAAUGUUUUUGAGAAUCCCACCAUGGUGCAGUUUGAUCACCGGAUUCUGGGAAUCACUUCAGUUACAGCUGUGACAGUGCUCUACUUCCUCUCCCGGAGAAUUCCCCUUCCUCGAAGGACCAAAAUGGCAGCAGUGACUCUGCUAGCUUUGGCAUAUACACAGGUGGGCUUGGGCAUUAGCACUCUGCUAAUGUACGUUCCAACUCCUUUGGCUGCCACUCACCAGUCAGGCUCCCUGGCUCUGCUUAGUGUUGCCCUUUGGCUCAUGAAUGAACUCCGAAGAGUCCCAAAAUAA